GGAAAAGGGGGCACUAGGAUUUUUCCUUGCUUUGCUUGGCAACAAUUCCCUUGUCUUCCUCCUCGAGCGAGCGCCGCCACCGCUGCCAGCGCCCCAGCCCCCUCGCUCCGUCGCUCGUCUUCCUCCUCGUGCGAGCGCCUCCACCGCAGAUAUCUAUCUCCCCUGCAAUUCUCUCGUUCCCGACCGUUUCUCCUCCCAUCACCCCACGAACAGAUCCCGCCCUUUAGCUUCCCGUUGCAUCUCCUUAAUCGUCCCCAAUUCGUAACUGAGGCAAAAAUCAAGGUAGGGAGAUGGCAGAGACAGUGUUCACUCCCUGUUUGGAAGGGAUGAAGCAUGUCAAGUCGGACAGCGGGGUCAUGCUCGCCAAACCCUUCCUUGAUGUCUGCAAGCAAAUCUUGCCUGUCUUGGAUAAAUUUGGAGCUGCAAUGGCAAUUGUGAAGAGUGAUAUUGGUGGUAAUAUCACGAGGUUGGAAAAUAAGUAUUCUUCAGACCCAUCAAAAUAUGAGCACCUGUACAACAUGGUCCAAGAAGAAGUUCAAAACAAGACAGCAAAAGGUUCGUCGAGCUGCACAAAUGGACUUCUGUGGCUCACAAGGGCUAUGGACUUCCUCGUUGAACUAUUCCGUAACCUGCUUGAUCAUCAAGACUGGACUAUGAGUCAAGCUUGUACUGAUUCAUACUCAAAAACUCUGAAGAAAUGGCAUGGCUGGCUUGCCAGUUCUAGUUUUACGGUGGCUAUGAAGCUUGCUCCCAACAGAGACAAAUUUAUGGAGGUCAUCACGGGAACUGGCGACAUCAAAGCAGAUAUCGAGAAGUUCUGCACGACCUUUUAUCCUUUUCUCAAAGAGAAUCACGACUUCCUGGCCAGUGUUGGACUUGAUGACAUGAAGGCUUCUUGAUGCAAUACACAACAAUAGUUACCACAGAAUAAGUGUCUUGCUAUUUUACAAAAUGUCACUGUUGCCGAGGAUAUACUGGUUUGCAUACCCAUCUUCAGAAAAUUAUGUUUCAAUAAUAAGUUUGUUGAAAUGUUUGGGCUGCCAUGACUGUGGCUACUUACACAAUGAAAUGAAUUGACAUUUUGAGUAUCUGAAGUUCUGAACUGCCUUUGACAGCUGAGAAGAAUGCAAAUAGGCAGUUGUUAUUGUCGUGCGUUUA